AUGCAUGCUAUCGAGUUCGAGUCUCAGAGCACUCAUCUUGCCUGCGUUUCCCAAAAUCCGCUGUUUUCGCUUUGCAUCACGCUGCUCCUCCAGUGUUUGGUUGUCCAGGGGGUACGCACAGUGGACACACUUGAAGGCGGUGUGGCGCGGAAUUCCCUUGCAAACUCUGAGGCACUUUCUUCUGGCAUGACCGUGCGUGAGACAGAGACGCCCUUGGUCAGCGUGCACUUCCCGAUGGACCCCGAGGAUAUGCAAAAAAUGCUUGGGGACAGACUCGAGCCGGACGUCUAUGAAGGUAAGGCGUACAUCCAGGUAUCCCAGUUCUAUAUCUCCAAGCUGGAGAUUUUCGGGGUUCUACCGAGCCUGAUGAGCGCUUGGUGCAUGCGUAUCUCUGCCUACGUGAAGAUGAAGGACUCUGGCGAGAAGGGCUACGCUUUCUUCAACUGGGCCAACCAGCGGUACGUGCGGUUCCAGCUGAGCGAGGACAAGAAGGAGUUGCGCCGUGGCACGCAGCCCACAGAAGAGAAGACCUGGGAGGGCAACUACGAGCUGAAGUCCUUUGGCGCAAUGCCCUUCAUAUCUGAGGUCUUCCAGACGAAGUAUGCCGGGUAUGGCUGGGGCUACCUCGACGCUACCAGCGACCCAUGCCAGAAGGGGCUCUGCUUCUUCUCAAAGAAGGCUGUCUUUCUGGACAAUAACGCCGAAACGGUGUGA